GUUCUCGGCGGGCUGCAGUGAGAUUAGCAUUUGAGAUCCAGCAACAGUGAGAUUAACAUUUGAGAUCCAGCAUACACACACUCACACACAGGAGGAAAGAGAGGGAGAGCGCCAGCUGGAUUCGCUACUUUCAUUCGGCUCACUGAGGUUUCAACUCGCGACACAGGCGGCUGUCUGUCACUUUCACCUGCUGAAAAUGAUCUUCAAAAUCACCUUUCUGCUUGGAUUGCUGCUCUGCGGCUGUCAAGCGGUGCUUCAGGUGUCAAUAUCACUCAAUAAAGUGGAACUGAGUGUUGGAGAGUCUAAAUUCUUCACAUGCACAGCCAUUGGUGAGCCGGUGAGCAUAAAUUGGUUCAGUCCUCAAGGUGAGCGCAUCAUUUCAAACCAGAGAGUGAUUGUGCAUACGGAGGGUGUGCGGUCCAGGCUGACGAUCUACAAUGCCAUCAUUGAGGAUGCUGGGAUAUACCGAUGCCAGGCUGUGGACGCCAAAGGACAAAGCCAGGAGGCCACGGUGGUGCUGGAGAUUUACCAGAAGCUGACGUUCCGCGAGGUGAAGACGCCGCAGGAGUUUCGUCAUGGUGAUGAUGCUGAGGUCAUCUGUGAUGUCAUCAGUUCACCCGUGCCAGCCAUGUCCUGGUUCUACAAGAACAAAGAAAUCACAUCUGAACCCAACAGCAGAUUUCAGGUCCUUCCCAACAACAACCUGCAGAUCCUGAGAGUGAGUAAAGCUGAUGAGGCUGUGUAUCGCUGUGAGGCACGUGUUGAGGCCAGAGGAGAAAUCGAUUUCAGGGAUAUUGUGGUGCUGGUGAAUGUUCCUCCAGUUCUGUCAGUGCCCCAGCAGUCCUUCAAUGCCACCGCCGACUAUCAGGAGUCAGUGACAUUCACCUGCAUCACGUCCGGCUCCCCUGACCCUCAGGUGACCUGGUACUGGAAGGGUCAUGUGAUCGAGCAAUCAGAGCAGUAUGUGUUAAACACGCAGGAUGGGGGCAAAAGCACGCUAACCAUUAAAAACAUCCAGCAGGGGGACGGAGGGCCGUACACUUGCCGCGCGAGCAACAAGGCCGGGAGCUCCGAGGGUCAGCUCUUCCUUAAAGUGUUCGUCCAGCCUCACAUCACUCAGCUGAGGAACGUGACAGCAGUGGAGGGAAGUGCUGCUAUGAUAGCCUGUACAGCUGAGGGAGAACCGCUGCCUGAGAUCUCAUGGAGGAGAGCCAGUGAUGGACAGACGUUCACAGAUGGAGAUAAGAGUCAGGACGGCCGUGUGGAAGUGCGAGGACGCCACGGAAAAUCCAUGCUGACUAUCAGCGGGGUUCGACUGUCAGACUGGGGCCGAUUCGACUGUGAAGCUCUCAGCAGGAUCGGAGGUCAUCAGAAGAGCAUGUUCCUGGAUAUCGAGUAUGCGCCAAAGUUCCAGACCAAUCAAACCAUCUUCUACUCAUGGGAGGGCAACCCAGUGAACAUCAGCUGCGACGUGAAGUCCAACCCUCCAGCGACCAUGCUGUGGAGACGAGACCGGUUUACCAUCUCUAGUCAAGGGACCAGCAACAUCCGCAUUCACACCACAGAGGGCCGAUCGCUUCUAGAGGUCACACCAAUGUCGGACAGGGAUUUUGGACGCUACAACUGCACAGCCAGAAACAACAUUGGUGCUCGAUAUCAAGAGUUUAUAUUAGCACAGGCAGAUGUCCCAUCACACCCUUACUCCAUUCGGUUGACCGCUGUCUCCCAACGUCUCGCCACCAUCACCUUCAUGAAGCCCGACUCUCACGGUGGCGUCCCCAUUAGCUAUUACAUCAUCAGCUAUAAAGACGCCAGCUCACAGGACUGGAGGACAGUGAGAUCACAUGGAGUUCAAACUACAGUAGUUCUUGCUAACCUGGAGCCCAACACAACGUAUGAGGUGCGCGUGGCAGCCAUCAAUGGAAAGGGUCAGGGUGAAUUCAGCCACACGGAAACCUUCCAGACGUUACCCAUCCGAGAGCCGAGUCCUCCGACAGUUCAUGGACAGAGAGGCGUUGGUAAGGCCUACAGACUCGGACUAAUCAAACAAGACGAUGGUGGGAUGCCCAUCGUGGAGUACAUCGUGAAGUAUAAAACGGAUAAAGAGGAGCAGUGGAUGACCAAGCUGGUUCCUGGCAUGAAUGAUUUUGCGCUGCUACAGCCGCUGCAGUGGAACACGCGCUAUAACGUAGAGAUCACUGCGCGCAAUGUCAAGGGCUUGUCAGAGCCCACCUUCUUCCAGUUCCUUAUGCCACAGAAACCUGACAUCACAGCAGAUUCCCUGUUCAGCGGCCUGGGCCUUGGCACGGUGGUGGGUCUCGGGGUGGCAGGUCUUCUUCUGCUGCUGGUGCUGGUGGACGUCAGUUGCUUCUUCUUGCGUCAGUGCGGCUUUCUCAUGUGCAUCACCCGCAAGCUCUGCAGCAAGAAAACCACCACCAGCGGCAAGAGCAAAGAGCUGGAGGAGGGCAAAGCAGCAUACCUGGUUGAUGGCUCAAAAGAGCCCAUCGUGGAGAUGAGAACUGAAGAAGAGAGAAUUACUAACCAGGAUGACGGCAGUCCAGUGCACGAACCCAAUGAGACAACUCCUCUGACAGAGCCAGAGAAACUCCCAUUGAAGGAGGAGAACGGCAAGGAGGUGCUCAAGCCAGAUUUGAUCGAGAUCAAGGUCCACACGGACAACAGCAUCCACAAAAAACAGGACGACAGCAAAGCAUAAUGGAGCCCGGAGGCAUUCCCAGCCUGAACAAACUGAGACCAAAAUGUAGAAAACACAAAAUGUCAUAAAAAAAGAGAAAAAAAAUUAGAAAUCUUUACAUUGGGUGACUGAUGAAGGGUGUGUAAAUAUGUUCAAAUACAAACAGAGACCGGGGUGGGUUUUUUCUUUUUUCUUUAUUUUUGUGAUAAAUCUACUGUCCUUUCUAUUCACAAUGACUCAGCACUACUUUUUGGUUGGCAUUGUGUCUUGGUGUUUUGUCUUUCCCAAUAAUGGAUCUCGUUUUGACCCGUUUGAAUUUUCAGGCCUUUCUUCUGUUUUCUAGGCAUGUCAAAUCCAGUUUCUGCCGAGCAGGACAUUGUGUUUUGUCUAUAAUCUUGAUGAUUUCAGAUUCUGGGUUUCUCAUCUAAAUGUGUUAGAGACUUCAUUGGUUUUGGGGCAUUUUUUUUUU